CCUCACCUCUGUAGUCGCUAGGAUUCUUCUUUUUUUUCUUUUUUCUUUUUUUUUUUAACUCUUUCGAGGCCCGUGUUGUCUCAUUGCUGUAGCCUAAUUCAUUUUUUCAAUGAAUAAAACAGGUAGCGUGCUAUCUACUCCUCAAAAAAAAAAAGAAAAAAAAAAUCAUGUUAGUAAUGUGACUAUAAAUGUUCUAAACUUUUUCGCUCUUGGGUCUCAACGAUUUGAUGGGCCUAAGCUAAUUAAUGGGCUGCAGUGGGCCGUAUGGAUCUGAAGCAGCUGCAUUGUCGGAUAGCUUAUUUAAUUUAAAUUUAAUUUAAUUUUGUUUUUGUAUUGUUAAGACGAUGGUUCUCAAGUCCACUAAAUUCUAGUUUCGUGGUUGUCCUACGAGCCUUUCGUUAUAGAUUUUGCAUAUCCAAAAUCGGAUAAGGCGCCAAAACCCCGCCAACCCCGCUCCUGCAUGCAUGCUGCUGAUCACUUCCUCCUCCCUCCUCCUCCUCCUCGCUCUCAACCCCAAUGAAUCUGAAUCUCCUCUUCCAUUCCCCUCCCUCCUCUUACCCUCUCCGAAACUAUGCCGUCGCCGUCGCUGCCGCCUCCUCUUCUUCGUCGUCGUCAUCGUCAUCGUUUCCGGGGGCCGUGAUCGUCGGCGGGGGGUUAUCGGGGCUGGGAGCGGCGGCGCACCUGGCGUCCCACUCCGUGCCGUUCCUCCUCCUGGAGGCGUCCGACGGGGUGGGCGGGCGCGUGCGCACCGACGCGCUGGACGGCGGCUUCCUCCUCGACCGCGGCUUCCACAUCCUCGCUGACGGCCCUUCCCGAGUGCUCGGCGGCUCCUGGACUCACCGGACCUCCGGCCCUCCCGGCCUUCUACCCGGCGCGCCCUCGUCCGCCUCCCCGACCGGCGCUCGCCCUCGUCCUCCGACGCCACCUUCCGCCGCCCCGCUCUCCGCCUCUCCCCUCCCUCCUCUGCCCCCCGUCGGCUCCCUCCCAGACAAGCUCCUCGUCGCCCUCGCCCGCCUCCGCUCCGCCGCCUCCCCCGACGCCCUCCUCCUCUCCGCCCCCGAGUCCCCACCUCGCUCCUCCUCCCACCGCCUCGGUUCUUCCCCGCGACUUCGUCGCCCGCUUCCUCCGCCCUUCCUCGCCGGCAUCUUCUUCGACCCCGACGUCUCCACCUCCUCCCCUAAUAAGAAGAAGAAGAAAAAACCGGCCCGGAGCACGGUCUGUUUAUACUUCUCCGCGGACCGGGCCCCGAUCCGGGACCCGGUUCUCAUCCUUAACGGGUCGGGUCGGGGCAUAGUGAACAACAUGUUCUUCGUGACCAACGUGGCCCCGUCCUACGCGCCCCAGGGGAAGGUCUUGGUGUCCGUGUCUCUAGUCGGCUCGUACCGCGAUCGGUCGGACGGAGAUUUGACGUCUCAGGUGCUGGACGAGCUGGGAGAGUGGUUCGGGGCGGAGGAGGUCGGCGACUGGCGGCAUCUGAGGACGUACCGGAUUGAUUUCGCGCAGCCGGACCAGACCCCGCCGACCGACCCCCUCGGGAGGGACCCCAGGGUGGCCGACGGCGUGUACAUGUGCGGCGACCACUGGAGCUGGGCCACCUUCGACGGGGCGCUCGUGUCCGGGAGGAAGGCCGCAGAGGCCUUGAUGAAGGACAAAGGAUUGACCCCCAAAUAAAAUUCAUUCAUCACUGUUUUAAGAUUCAUGUCUGCGAGACACCACAAUUUUGUCGGUGACUAUUGUUUCUGAAUUUGAGUUCAGUAUAUAAGUGUACUACUACGAAGAUUCUUUCAAUUAUUUAAAAUUGUUUCACUAGUAAAUUUA